UUAUAAAGUAAUUACAUGUUGUCACUUGCUGGGAAAGGGUGACCAGCGCGAUGCAGGUGAAUGAAUGAGGGGCUGUUCAAGUGUCUGCGUCCUCUCUUUGAAGUGCAUUUAUGCGAGGACGGCUCCUAUUUGUCUACAGGACGGGACGAUCACCGCAGUCUUUUUCACAGUGGAGCGUUAGCUGUUUGACAAAUCUGUCAUUCAAAGGCGCCACCACCAUAUAAAUAUCAUCAGCGUAGAGGGGGUACACCUUCAGUAGGCCUCGUCUCUUUUUGCUACUCACAUCUGGGAGUCCAAUAAACAGGAUUUUGUCAGCACUACAGGCAUGGGAGCUUGGACGCUGCUUGCUGUGAUGGUUCUCUACAUGAGUUGUAUUUUACAGUCUGCAUCCACUUGGACGGUGAAUAAUUUCCUCAUGACUGGACCAAAGGCUUUUCUUACCUAUGCUGGCAGCGUGCAAGUGGGUGCACAAAGUGGAAUACAAGAGUGCAAACACCAGUUUACUUGGGACAGAUGGAACUGUCCACAGAGUACGCUUCAGCUAUCCACACAUAACGGCCAUCGAAGUGGACUUCUUGUAGCUACAAGAGAGACAUCCUUUGUCCAUGCCAUCAGUGCUGCAGGAGUGAUGUAUACACUCACUAAGAACUGUAGCAUGGGAGACUUCGACAACUGCGGUUGUGAUGACUCCAAAAUAGGACAGUCAGGUGGCAGAGGGUGGAUUUGGGGAGGCUGCAGUGAUAAUGUGGCGUUUGGAGAGAAGAUUUCCAAACUGUUUGUGGAUGCAUUGGAAGAUGGUCAUGACUCUCGUGCUGCGGUCAACCUGCAUAACAACGAGGCUGGGAGACUAGCAAUUAAAGCUACAAUGAGGCGAGCCUGCAAGUGCCACGGUGUGUCUGGAAGCUGCAGCAUCCAAACAUGUUGGAUGCAGCUGGCCGACUUCAGAGAGGUGGGCACCUAUCUGAAAAUUAAGCAUUCCCAAGCCAGGAAGCUGGAAGUGGACAAGAGGCCGAUGAGGGCUGGCAACAGCGCAGACAACAGAGGUGCCAUUAAGCACGCCUUCCGCAACAUCCCGCAGACGGAGCUCAUUUUCUUUGAGGAGUCCCCGGACUACUGCGUCAAGAACCAGAGUUUAGGUUUCAAGGGCUCCGAGGGACGAGAGUGCCUGAAGGGGGACAAGAGUUUGCAGCAGUGGGAAAGAAAGAGCUGUCGCAGGCUGUGCUACGAAUGCGGCCUCCGAGUGUUGGAGAAGCACACUGAAGUUGUCAGCAGCUGCAACUGCAAAUUCCACUGGUGUUGCACGGUUAAAUGUGACAAAUGCACAGAGGUUGUUACGAAAUACUACUGUGCACGCAAAGGCAGUGCCAGAAAAACACACAACAAAGCAAAACGAAAGCACCGUGCGCGUGGACACUGAUUGACAACUUUUGUGUGGCACGGUUGCCGUUUUAUGAUCUAAUCGGAAAUGUGUUCAAUUGCACUUCAAAUUAUACAUUGUCUUUUGUAUAUCACUGUAAAAGAACAAAUACCUCAUGCACAAUAGUAGUGCUUGAGGAU